CGCUCCCUGUCCAUUUGCUUUUCUUGCUCAGGCUGCCUGUCCUCUCGCUUUUCUCUUCUGUAUUCUUCUCGAGAUUCAUCCAUUCCAACGUUUUUGGAGGUCAUCGGCAACGACCAUCAUAGCUUGGUUGUCUCUCACUUUGCUAUUUUACUACAUUCGCUUCGCCAUUCGCAUAUCACUCGCUUUUCCCGUUGUCGACUUGGAUCAUCCGUUUUUGCUUGUCUCGCAUCAUUCUCGUUCCUGUGACACAGCAUCAAGAUUCAUAACAACGGCAUCAUCAUCAUCAUCAUCAUUUCGACGCUCCAUCAUCGAAGCUUGUAAACCUCUAUCGAGAGUCCUGUGACUACGACCGCUGUAGCCACUUCCCCGAAACCACCUCGGCUCCCUUUUUCUCUCGACAAAUCCAUCCACAUCGCCCAUCAUGCGUCCCGCCUCGGGCCUCGUCCAGCUGGCCGUCUGCGUCUCAUCUCUCGCUCCCCUGACUGCAGCAUGGCCUGACUGGUUCCUCCAAUCCGACUCGAUCGUCGUUGCCAGAGACGUGGUUCGACAAGAGCUACCACAAGAGACCGGCUUCCUCGAGCCUCGUGCGGACGGAGAGUCCACAACCCAGGAAGAGGCCACCAAGACUGGCAGACAGAUCAAGACGACAAACCUCAACACCGCCAAGGUCGAAACGGAAACAGAUAACUCGGAAUCCGACAAGACCAACACCGACGAGGAAACCGAAACUGCAACUGGAAAACAGACCGGCAAGAAGGGAGAGACGGGAAAGAGCAACACCAAGGAUGCUAAGCCCACCCGAACCAGCUACUCCUUUGAUGUUGCCGCUGGUGGUGUGAACAUGCAGACUCCUGAGACCUUGUACCAACCCACGCCUCUGUACAAGAUUGGUGACUAUGCCACCUUUGGCUGGAACUACACCUCGCUCAAGGGCACCCCCACUGCCAUCGACGUGCUCGUCAGUUGCUCUGCCAAUGCUGAGACAUACACCCUCGCCGCCAACACGACCUUUGAGAAGAACCCUUCUUACACCUGGGACACGGGCAAGCAAGCCAACAAUGUCAACGCUCCCCUUGUUGUUGGCCUGUACACUCUUAUCAUCAAGGACUCUGAUAUGGGCAUCAGCGAUGUCCCCGACCCAGGUUACCUGUCUGUUGCCAGGACCUUCCAGUUCGGCAUGUACACCCCCCGAGACUAUGUUCCAUACAGCGAGUGGACUUGCGAUGUUUGCAACAGCGCACCUGGUCUUAGCCAUGGCGGCAUUGCCGUGGUUCUAUCGAUGACUCUGGUAACGAUUGCCUCGUUCACCUGGUUCGUCACCGGCCUCGGUCUGCAAUAAUCAGCUUGUAUUCGCGCUUGGCUUGGAGUUAGUUUUUCGGUUUCACGUAUUCAUUCGGCGGGCGAACAUCGAACGGGCAUAAUUAUGCCCCCUUUUCGCAUUGGACAUGCAAUUCAGAAGCUUCUGGGGAGGGCGUUAGUAGAGGGAUGUUUUUAAGGUGAAGGUACCGCUCAAGGACGGGAAAAACUCCAAUUUGGAUGCUUCAUGAUCUGAUCGCCACAGAGUAAAUCAUGUAAUGAUUCUAUAUACAUCUUAAUCUCGUCGGUCUUUAGGAUUACCGAACGAAACAGUUUGUUUUCAAGAAAAUAUUUUACAAUUUGGCAC